AUGGCAUCCAUCACAUCCUCCAUUCGCUCCUCCAUGCUCCGAGGCAGCCGGUUGCAGCUGAGAUCCCUCUCUAGGCCGGCCUUCAACCAGGCCUCCCUCUUCCACACCUCUACAUCCCUCAGAGCCCUGAAGGAAGAAGACAGACAUCGAGAUACACAGGAGGUAUCCUCUGAAGUCGAGAGGGAGAAACACGAGCAUCUCUCUAAACACAAGGAAGGUCAGGGGAAGUGGAAUAACAGUCUUGCUAGCAGUAGUGAGGCAGAUGUCAAAGCGGAUAGAGGGGAGGUAGACAGCGUGGAAACCGAACAGAUGGAAAGGGAGGUGCGGAAGGCCAGGACGAAGAGAGAGACCAAGGAGACUACUAAGUGA